UUCUCCCUGUAAACCGCCGUUGAACGUUUUCUAGUCAGAAACAAAACAAAAGCGGCGGGAGGAGGAGGAGGUGGCGGCAGGCAGUGAGGGCCGCUCGGAGAAUGCGCGGCUUGGAAUCACGCCGAGACACGAAAGACAAGCGGCUUAGAGGCGGCAGCAGCAGCACUGAGUUGACUUUCUCCCCUGGUGUCUGUGUGGAAAGUGCCACACACUCCCUAAACCAACAACGGCUUUUGCUUGCAUUUUCCAGUGUUUCUUUUGUCAGCGAGUGCAACAGAGUUGUAAUUCUUCCAGUGCCAGCCCGGAGCUGAGUGAGGAACCACAGGCAGACAUGGUGAAAAUGACCAAAUCAAAAACUUUCCAGGCUUAUCUGCCGAACUGUCACAGAACUUACAGCUGUAUACACUGUAGAGCACACUUAGCUAACCAUGAUGAAUUGAUAUCCAAGUCAUUUCAGGGAAGUCAAGGUAGAGCCUACCUCUUUAAUUCAGUGGUGAAUGUUGGCUGUGGUCCAGCAGAAGAGAGGGUCCUUCUUACUGGGUUGCAUGCAGUGGCUGAUAUAUACUGUGAGAACUGCAAAACCACACUUGGCUGGAAAUAUGAACAUGCCUUCGAGAGCAGUCAGAAGUAUAAGGAAGGAAAGUUUAUCAUUGAACUGGCUCAUAUGAUAAAAGACAAUGGCUGGGAGUAAACCACAAGCACUGCCCACUUUCACUUAUUAGACAAUGUGAAACUGAACCUGCGGAUUUGAUGUUGGGCAACUGAGAAUUUCACUGAACUUUAUAAAUGAGAAAACGUAACCUCACUGGCUGGUAGAAUAGCUGAUGGGCACAUUAUGGUUGGACUUGCCUUUACACAAGUCCAUCAAGGUUCCCCUUUUUUUUUUUUUUUGGUCCUCUGCCUUCUCGUAAAUGUAUUUUUCUGUGAACAGCUGGUAAUCCCUCCCAUCAGUCCCCAUGUUUGCUGCUGCAGGAAGCUGCAACACAUGAAAUUUACUUUCUUACCCUAUUUUCAAAUAUAAACUUUGUACAUUCUCAAGUCCCAGAGACAAAAAUCACAUGUGAAUAACUUUGUUGGCUUGCAGUUAUGUUCUUGUGCAUGCCUACAGUCUACAUCCCCUAAAGUCCGUGAUUACACACCUUGGCAUCCCAGUUCCAGAGCUGAAGAGAUGAACAUGCAUCAGACAGAGGGAAAAUAAGAACUUAACAUGCAAAUUUAUUAUAUAUUAUUAUUACACUUUUUUUUUUUUUUUUUUAAGUUUUAUGCUGCUUCUAACCUGGAACACACUGCAGUGCAUUGCGUUCUGUGGCUUUUUGGAUAAAAAAUUACAGGAUUUCUCCUCCUGAAGGCAAGACAAUAUUCUGAAAUUUGUGCUUUCAAGGCCUUCACUGGAAGUUCAAGACUUUAACCUCUUUUGCUGCUGAAAAGAGAUUUCGCCUAAUUGCAGGGAAGCGGUUAUACAUGUUAACUUCCAGCCAUAUGAUUUUUGCUUUGCAGAUCAAUCAAAAAUGCAGAGUCUGUGACUCUUUCCCAAGAUGAUAAAAUCUAGUUUAAGUACUCUGGUCCCAACCAGCCCCCAAACAUAUACUUCUCUCUGCCCUGGCCAAACUGAUACAAUUUCAGAAAUAUAAAAAAAAAUAAUUGUGCUCAUUCCCUUUUUAAACCACAUAUUAAUCCUAUAUUUCUCCAAGCGGACCUUCCAUUAGUCUGCGUAGCUGGUUACUAUGACAGCAAAAAAGGUUUUUGAGCUCAGUUGUUGCAUGUGUGUUAGCACAAACGUCAGAGGUGUGUUAUGGCUGGUUCCAUAAACCAUUAUAGGUUUAAUUUAAUGCACUGGACAAAGAGGGCAUUUCAUAUAAAUUCUAUACAUUUUUUUGUUUGUUUCUCCUGCUCUUUGCACACAAACUUGCAACAACAAAAAAAAAAAAAUCUUUCGAAUAGGGUAGAUUCCUAUCAUUUUCUUAUUUGAAUGCUGUUGGAGGCUUUCUUUGGCACGUGUGAGGUAAAUAAGGUAAAUCUUGUGUGUUUGGUGGUUUGCUGGUUAAAUCAUUUCUGAACUCUAUUUACAUGUCGUGUUUUUUGUUUUGUUUUUUGUAUAAAAUCUUAAAGGUCAGGAAGAAAAUGUAUAAAAGUAAAUAUUAUUCUAAUUACUUGUUAUAAAAAUAAUUGUUGCAACUAAACUACAACUGCUGUUAAAUUGCUUGGAAAUAGGAGGUGUUGUCUUAUCCAAACAAGACACUGUUUUCCAGUGCUCAGUUGUGGAUUAGACAAUAACUUUAUAAGUAAUACAGUUUUUCCCCAUCAUCCGUGGCUGCCACAUGGCAAGUCCUUUCUAAAUGCAGUGUUACAAGUUUUAUGGCUGCUAAAGGGUUAUUAAACUCUGCACAUAAAAAAAAAAAAGCCAACUAUUUUCCAAAUUAUAGUGACAUAAAAUAUUCUGGCCUCGGAUAGUGCCCUUUCCUGCAAAGGUUGCAAUCAAUAAAAUAUGGAAUGGCAGUUAGAAAUGUGGCAAUAUAUGGACAAAUGAGGCCUUUAUUUUUCUAUAACACUACACUUCCUUUGAGCACUUUGACACAACUAUAAUGGGGAAACCUUGCAAUAGAAAUUUAUUUUUCUCCCUAAAUCUUUACUAUAUAACUCUAUGAACAUUUUCAGUGAGAUAUUUAAGACUGCUGCUGCUUGACGCAUUAGCUAGAACUAGGCCAGACUGCACUUUAUGCUUAUGAGAACUUUAUCCUGUUUAAUUAAAACACGUGUUGGUAGCAGCUCGUGUUUACAGUCUAUAGACUAGCAACCUCUUUUUUCAGUGCAUUGUUUCUUCACAUAAAGUUUAUAUUAGCCAUAUAGCUAGGGGUGAACAUAUGCUUGGAGAUUUACCACUUCAACAAUUUCAAAGCAGACGUGAUUAUGUUGAUUUAUUAGUUUCUUUAAUGCAACAAAGCCGUUAAUUUUUAGAUUGUAGGGGAUGAGCUAUGGUACAUGGGAAAACGUGUUGCCAUUUAAAAAAGCAAAUGCUAAUCCUUUUAAAUUUUUAGGGGUAUCCAUCCUGGAGUUCUUGGGGCAAUUGGACCCGGGUGAGUGAAACACAAAAUCAUAGAAAUGUUGACAUGACAUAAAAAUUUUUUUUUUU